CUCUUUAAAAAGAAACAGAUCCCCCCAAAAAAUACCAAGAAAGCCCGCGUGGGAUACAAUCAAAAAUGACGGGUUGAGAAAAAGCCCGCGAUAUCGGGGCAUCGACCGCUUAUCCUUAUCGGGAUAACCGAGUCAUCUUUCCCUCCCCAUCUCCCGCCACUUCCACCACCACUCAGUUUCAACUUCAUACAUACCUAAUUUCCUGGUUAAAAGAGCCGCGACCAUGGCGCUAUUCUUCACAUCCCGCCGCGCUUUCAACCCCUUCAUCGCAUCGCGAUCCUUCCUUACUCGCCCGCUAUCUACCUCCCCGGUCCUCUCCGCCGACGAGCCAUUCGCAUUCAAGAGCGGCCCUGCACCUCCCAAACUUCCCAAGGAAGAGCAAGAAAUCUUCGAAGACCUUCAGCGAAAGUCCACUGGCGCAUUUAGCACCCCGCAAGUCAACCAAUCGCCUGCUUCUGAGGCCCAGUCCCAGUCUCACCCUGAUGCGCCCGUUGGCGUGAAGCCGGAAUUCGAGGGCGAGAAGAACCCGAAGACGGGUGAGGUUGGAGGCCCGAAGAAUGAGCCGUUGAGAUGGGGUUCUGGUGGGGAUUGGAGUUAUGGGGGACGGGUUACGGACUUUUGAGUUAGCAUCCACUGCUAGCUCUCCGGGCUGAGCUGAUGCUCAACGGAGCCUGUUGCGAUAUUGUUUGGCAUAACAUGGCGUUGGUUAUAAUCGCAUGAUUUAUUAGAGCGCAGCUUAGGGUGCUUGGUAUUGUCACCUGAGCUGUGGUAAAUGCAGGGAGGUCUUCUUGAUGUAUAUACGCAAAAUGAGACGUUGUAUGAUGAUAGAGGAUUAGCAGUGUAUUGUGACGAUAAGAAUGAACAAUAACAUAGAA